AUGGCUCAGAGUGAUCGGCUGGAGAAAAUCACCUGCUCCAUCUGUUUGGAUCUACUGAAGGUUCCAGUGACUAUUCCCUGUGGACACAGCUACUGUAUGAACUGUAUUAAAGUCUUCUGGGAUGGAGACGAUCAGAGGAGGAUCAACAGCUGCCCUCAGUGCAGGGAACAAUUUAUUAGAAGACCUGUCUUAAAAAAAAACACAAUGUUAGCAGAGUUAGUGGAGGAUCUGAAGACGACUGGACUACAGGCUGCUGCAGCUGAUCACUGCUAUGCUGGACCUGAAGAUGUGGCCUGUGAUGUCUGCACUGGAAGGAAAAGGAUAGCUGUCAAGUCCUGUUUAUCCUGCCCUGCUUCCUACUGUAAUGAUCACCUUCAGCCUCACUAUGAUGUCCCUGGACUGAAGAAGCACAAGCUGGUGGACCCCACCAUGAAGCUCCAGGAGAACAUCUGCUCUCGUCAUGAUGAGGUGAUGAAGAUCUUCUGUCGUACUGAUCAGCAGUGUAUCUGUUAUCUCUGCACCAUGGAUGAACAUAAAGGCCAUGAAACAGUCCCAGCUGCAGCAGAAAGGACUGAGAAGCAGAAGGAGCUCCAGGAGAGACGACAACAAAUCCAGCAGAGAAUCCAGGACCAGGAGAAAGAUGUGAAGCUGCUUCAACAGGAGGUGGAGGCCAUCAAUGGCUCUGCUGAUAAAGCAGUGGAGGACAAUGAGAAGAUCUUCACUGAUCUGAUCCAUCACAUCCAGAAAAGAAGCUCUGAUGUGAAGCAGCAGAUCAGAUCCCAGCAGGAAACUGAAGUGAGUCGAGUCAAAGAGCUUCAGAAGAAGCUGGAGCAGGAGAUCACUGAGCUGAAGAGGAAAGAAGCUGAGCUGGAGAAGCUCUUAAACACUGAGGAUCACAACCAGUUUCUCCAGAACUACCCCUCACUGUCAGCACUCAGUGAGUCUACACACUCAUCCAGCAUCAAUAUCCGUCCUCUGAGAUACUUUGAGGAUGUGACAGCAGCUGUGUCAGAGCUCAGAGAGAAACUAGAGGACAUCCUGAGAGACACAGGGACAAACAUCUCACAAGCAGUCACUGAACUGGACGUUCUACUGUCAGAACCAGAACCAAACCCAGUGACCAGAGCAGAAUUUUUAAAAUAUUUUCGAGAAAUCACUUUGGAUCCAAAUACAGCACACAAAUAUCUGGCAUUAUCUGAGACAAACAGAAAAGUAACAAGGCUGGAGGAAGAAGUAGAUGAAGAAGAUGAAGAGGCAAAGGAAGAGUUCAAUUUCAAUCAUCCUGACAGAUUUACUGAUUAUAAACAGGUCCUGAGCAGAGAGAGUCUGACUGGACGCUGCUACUGGGAGGUAAAGUGGAGAGGAGAAGGGGGAAUCGGAGUAACAGUUUCAUACAAAAAUAUGAGAAGAGCAGGAGAGUUAGAUGAAUGUGAGUUUGAAUCAUAUGACAAAAAUUGGUCUUUAAUUUGUGAUUCAGACAGUUACACAUUUUAUGACAACAAAGUUGAAACUCUAGUACCAGGUCCAGUUUCGUCUAAAAUAGGAGUGUAUCUGGAUCACAGAGCAGGUAUUCUGUCUUUCUACAGCAUCUCUGAAACCAUGACUCUCCUCCAUAGAGUCCAGACCACAUUCACUAAGCCUCUAUAUGCUGGAGUUUAUGUCUAUUAUGGAACCUCUGCUGAGUUCGUUAAACUGAAAUAGUCAGAACUGAUUUAA